CUAUCCCACAGGGAAACCUUGCUGGGAGGGGCUUGGAAACAGGAAUGAAGCCAGAGGGCAGGGCUGCCAGGGACCAUUUAAAUGCUGCAACUCCAAGAGAUUCACACAGAAGACUGGACCCAAUUUGGAACAGCCACCCAGAGGGAGACAACAAUGUCACCACUAACUGUGCCAUACACACAGGCUGUGUCCCUGCAUAGUGGUACUUCUGUGACAAUCCAAGGGAAACCUGUCCAACCUUUCAUCAAUGAACCACAGCUACAGGUGGAUUUCCACACUGCGAUGGAUGAUGUCUCAGACAUUGCUUUCCAUUUCCAAGUGUACUUUGGCCGUUAUGUGGUCAUGAACAGCCGUGAGAAUGGGGCCUGGAAGCAGGAAGUGAAAUGCAACAAUAUGCCCUUUGAGGAUGGCAAAGACUUUGAGCUGUGCAUCUCAGUGGUGGACAAUGGGUACCAGGUAAAGGUCCAUGGCCAGUGCUAUUACACCUUUGACCAUCGACUCCCACAAGGGUCUGUGAAGAUGUUACAAGUGUGGAGAGAUUGCUCCCUUACCUCAGUGAGUGUCCAGAAUCAAGGGUGAUAGCCAGGCUCUUCACUUUCAAAAAAAUUCCUGUUUCUCUUCGGCCAUGGAUUCCCAGAGCUGGCUAACAACAUGAUCUGUCCUCACUUCAAUUCUUACACUUGCUCAUUAAAACUUCAUCAAGCUUUA